CAUUAAAGGAUCUCUUUCAAGUUUCUGCUUUAGCUCUGCAACAUCAGCUCACUCAUCAAACAUCAUUUUGACUUUCUCUAGCUUUUCCCUGUCAAAUCUGUUCCAUUUUUUGAUUUGAAAUGUCUCAAUUCUGACUAUUACAAAGUCCCCAAAAGGUCCAAGUCUACAGCUUUUCUUUCCAUCUGAUCGGAUUUUCAACUAACAAUGAAGUCAAGAACUCGUUUGGAUUCUGUCGUAUUCCAACUCACGCCCACAAGAACAAGGUGCGAUUUGUACAUCAUUGCAAAUGAUAAGAAAGAGAAAAUUGCUUCUGGUUUGCUGAGCCCUUUUAUUGCCCAUCUAAAGACAGCUCAAGAUCAAAUUGCAGAAGGUGGCUAUUCAGUAUUGCUUGAACCAGAAGCUGGCGGUAAUGCAACAUGGUUUACAAAGUGUACGGUGGAAAGCUUUGUUCGCUUUGUGAGCACUCCCGAGAUUCUGGAACGUGUCUACACCAUAGAAUCUGAAAUCCUACAGAUUGAAGAAGCAAUUGCAAUUCAAGGAAACAAUGAUCUUUUGAUAGAUGAACAACACAAAAAGCCCGUGGCAAGCAAUGAAGGAAAUAAAUCUACAUGUGACGCUGAUGAUGAGAAGGCAAUUGUCAUUUACAAGCCUGGUGCCCAUGAGACUGCUGGUUCCAUUGACAAGGAGAGAAAUUCAAAACUCCAGCUCUUAAAUGUUCUUGAGACACGCAAAACAGUGCUGAAGAAAGAACAAGGCAUGGCUUUUGCACGUGCUGCGGCUGCUGGAUUUGACAUUGAGCAUGUGGCAAAUUUGUUAUUGUUUGCUGAAUCCUUUGGUGCAUCACGUCUAAUGAGUGCUUGCUUGAAGUUUGUGGAUUUGUGGAAGCAGAAACACGAUUCUGGACAAUGGGUUGAAAUAGCAGCAGAAGAUGCAAUGUCUAGCAAAUCAGAUUACUCUGCCAUGAAUGCAUCAGGAGUUGUGCUUUCAAGUAUGACCAACAUACAUAAUGAACCCAGGAGUGAGGCUACUUCAGAAACUAAAGAGAAACCAGGCAGCGAUCGAAAUGCAGCUGGUCAGCAUACAGGACAAUUUCCACAUCCAUUUUUCGCUCCCUGGGCUAUGCAUUCUUCACCCGGCGGUGUACCAGUAUAUCAAGCAUAUCCCAUGCAAGAAUUGCCCUACUAUCAACAUUAUCCAGGAAGUGGUCCAUUUUAUCCUCCACCUUAUCCAUCGAUGGAGGAUCCUCAUUCUAGUGGUGGCCAUAGAACUGAACAAAAGAGGCAGUCCAUGGAUAAUAGAUAUAGCAACCCUGAAUCUGAAUCGGUGAAUGAAGAAAGUUCAUUUGGUUCAGAACGACAUAAGAGUGCUGGAAAAUCUGGUAAAAAGAAAUCAGGCAGGGUGGUUAUCCGAAAUAUUAACUACAUUAACUCCAAAAGGCAGAAUUCCUCAGAAGAUGAAUCAGAAACAGUUUCUGACACCGACGACGAUGAUGAAACUGAGAGUGAUACACAUAAAAGAAGCUUAAGAUCCCCAAAGAGAAAAGGUAACCUAAAAGAAUCAGAAUCUGAGACUGUUAAUAGAAAGGAAGCAGAUAGUGGCCACUGGCAAGCAUUUCAAAGUUAUUUACUCAAAGGAGCUGCAGAAGAUGGCCGCUCUGCUAAUGAAGAUAUAUUUGCAAUGGACAGGGAUCCUCAAACGAAAAGGCGGCAAAAAACCCUUGCUAAUGAUCCAUUAGCUCAUGAAGAACGUGACAAUGAUGGUGAAGGGCACAGAAUUGACAUACAGUCCUAUGACAAAAAUGGAAGGAAAAUUGUAUACAGGAGCGGAAAUGAUGAUUUUAUGGUAGGUGGAAGAUUACAUGCAAAUGUACAGAAUUCGUCAGAUCUACUGGCCGAUAAUGGUUUCGAGGGAGUGACUGCCAAUUUGGACCGACAUGGCUUGCAUGCUAUUGAUGGUGAAGCAAUGAUGGUUUCCUUGCGUUCAACUUCAGGUGUAAAUGACAGUAGAACUACCAUCAACAUGGAUUAUGAAAUCUCAUCCAAUACUCAAAAUCCAGAAAACAAAUCUAAUAGAGUUAACUUUGAGCCGCAUGACUUAAGCUUGAUGCCAGAACGAGGUCUUGAAAAGAGAUCUAUAGGGUAUGAUCCUGCUUUAGACUAUGAAAUGCAGUUAGCUGAAGAUGCUGCUUCACAUGAGAGAAAGAGCAAGGAGGCUUUGACUGAUGUGAAAAAAGGGUCUAAAAGUGCAGAAAAGCACCAACAGUCAAAAGCUAACCAGGCUACUUCAGAUAAGAAGUUUGGGGGACCUAUAAGGAAGGGAAAACCAUCGAAGAUUAUAAAUCCUCUAGAGGAUGCACGAGCACGUGCGGAGAAAUUAAGAUCCUAUAAAGCAGAUCUCCAGAAAAUGAAGAAAGAGCAGCAAGAUGCAGAACAUAAAAGACUUGAAGCUCUAAAGAUGGAGCGGCAAAAGAGAAUUGCGGCAAGAGCCAGUUCCAUGUCUGGUCAGUCUACAGUUCCCACCAAAAAACAGUUACCAUCUAAACUUUCCCCCAUGUCCAACAGAGGAUCCAAGUUCACUGAUUCAGAGCCUGGAUCGUCAUCUCCUCUGCAAAGGUCCAAAAUAAGGACUACUCCCUUAGGAUCCAGCAAUUCAAAGAAACCCUCAACAAGCAGCAAAUCAAUUGAUGGGAGUAAUUCGGCAGGGAAUAGAUUGACUAGAUCCAUGUCAUCCAUGUCGGAUACAAAGAAAGAAAUCAAUCCUGUUACUCCUGAUUCAAAGGCUUCUAUGACACGGAUUAGAAGACUAUCCGAACCUAAAAAGAUCAACAGUCAUGCUGCUACUUCUUUCAAGACACGGAGUGCAGAUCCUGUUUCAAAACCAAAAUUAUCCAAUGGGCCUGAGAGCAAAAGGGUUUCUGCUAUUAUGAACCUUGAUCGAAGUAAGGCUGCAAUGCUGCCUGAGCUGAAGAUCAGAACAUCUAAAGUACCUUCAAAGCCAAGCCAAAAGAUUUCAGGCACAAAGGAAACUGUUGUGAAGGUGAAGGAUGACAAGCAUGUUGCAACUUCUGAAGUUGUUAAACUGAAUUUAAACGAAAGGUUAUUGCAUCAGAGUGAUGCUGCUGACAACCCCAUUAUUGAAAAGACUGUUAUGCUUGAACAUAAGCAGCCAUCAAUAACUGUGGGAACUGCAGCUAGAGUAACCAAGGAAUUUGAUAGUAAUCAUGGAAUAGGGAAGAAUAUCGAGGAAGAUUGUGCAGCCAGUCAUGAAGUGCCUUUGUCCAUGGAAAUUGUUGAUAAGGGGACAAUUUCAAUCCAAUUACAGAAAGAUCCUAGAUCUUGUGAGGCGAGGAAAAGUUCUAUGGAGGAAUUGGCUGAAAAUCCAGGCACAAGGUCAGCUGAAAAAACCUACCAAGCCCCUUAUGCACGUGUUUCAUCUUUUGAAGACCCAUCUACUAGAAAUUCAGACUAUGCCAAAGCACCUCAGACAACCUUUGGGAUUGCGUCUUCGGGUGGGGGAACUGAAAAAGCAUAUAUUUAUGAUUUUAACAACUUGAAGCUGGAAAAGAUCCCUGAAGUCCUUGAGAAGCCCCAAGUAAAGGAAGCAAAAGGAUUCAGACGACUUCUGAAACUAGGAAAGAAAAGCCACAGCCCUUCAGAUACGGCAAAUGGGAAUGGUUAUGAACCAGAUAAUGUUACAUUGAAUGAUGCUACUUCUGGUGAAGCAGUUCAAACAUUGAAGACCUUAAUCUCUGAAGAUCAAACUCCCAGUCAUGCUCAUACUUCUCAAAAGUCUUCAAGACACUUUUCUCUAUUGUCCCCCUUCCGUGGGAAGACCAAGGCAACAACGACAUGAAAAAUGGCGGCAUUCGUAUUACUAUAAAUGUCUUACUCAAAUUCCUGUUCCGGGGUUUUGAAAUAUGAAUUAGAUCAGCAAUCAAAAAUGAUGUUCAAUCUUGUAUGUAUGCAUAUAUGUAUAUGAUGCCAAACUCAAAUCAAUUUGGUAUCCUAAAAUAGUUAUACAGUUGUUGGUUUUAUCUGAAUUUAUUAUAUGGUUUUG